AAUCCAAAAAUGAACUCCAAUUUAUUAACCUUCCUAAAGCCCGCAAUCGCAUUCACGGUCACCGUCAGCUUCACCGUUCUCUUCAUCGUGUUCCCUCGCCCGCCGGCCACCGCAUAUCCCGGCGAACCCGACCCGAUGGCCCGACGCUCCUCCUCCUCCUUCAUCCUGUGGCUCCACGGGUUGGGCGAUUCGGGACCCGCCAACGAACCCAUCAGGGACCUCUUCACUUCUCCGGAGUUCAAAAACACCAAGUGGUCGUUUCCUUCUGCGCCUAAUAACUCCGUCACCUGUAACCACGGUGCUGUGAUGCCAUCAUGGUUUGACAUCCACGAAAUACCCGUGUCUGCUAGCUCCCCAAAGGAUGAAGAGAGUUUACUCAAAGCAGUUCAGAACGUUCAUGCUAUGAUUGACAACGAGGUCACUCAUGGUACAAAUCCCAAGGACAUAUUUGUUUGUGGAUUUAGCCAAGGAGGUGCUUUGACCUUAGCAAGUGUUCUUUUAUACCCAAAAACUCUAGGGGGAUGUGCUGUGUUUAGUGGAUGGGUUCCUUUCAAUGAUUCUGCAUUGGAGAAUAUAACACCUGAGGCAAAAAGGACACCCAUUUUAUGGUCUCAUGGUAUGGCUGAUAGAACAGUACUCUUUGAAGCUGGACAAGCAGGGCCUCCUUUCCUUGGCCGUGCCGGAAUUCCUUGCGAGUUCAAGGCUUAUCCUGGCCUUGGCCAUUCAAUAACCCAGGUGGAGUUACACUAUUUGGAAUCCUGGAUCAAGGCUCGUCUCCAAACCUCUUCUUAAAGGAAGUCUUCUAUAAAGCGAAGCACCAUGAAAGUUUCAGAGAAGGCAUGCUAUGGAUUUGACAAAAAUACCCUUUUACCCGAUGGCAUUUGAGUUGUCUCCUCUCUUCCAUCUAAGGCUAGUUCCGCCAUUUCCUCAACCUUUCUCUCCUGCCCUUAUGCUGUCUGCUCUUGGGUUUCAUAUAUCAUACACUUCACAUGGACUAAUUUUUCAUUUCAUUCUUUCACAUGUAUUCUACUCCGUAUAUUCUUUUCUCAAUAUACAGUGAACUGAAUAUUCAGUUCACAAUGAACAUAUGGAUAAUGGGUUUAUGUGAAAUUCUGAAGUGAAAUGUAAAAAUGCUUUUGAGAUUGGGGAAUAUU